GUUCAACGGAAGUGUGCACGGUGUCAGCAAACGCGCCAACAAAGAAUAGUGUCAGUGAAAUAAAGAACCUGACAUUUUCCUAUAAAAUCUGUUCAUUUAACUAGCUACACAGUUUACACUACGUUGUAUGCCGAGUCAGUCACGUAACAUGACAGAGGAAACAGCAGUUGCUUCAAGCUCAGGAAGCAUGGAUGAAAAGCCUGGGUCAUCAAGUGCUAUGGCAGCAGACAGCUCUGUCGACGUGAUGGCGGAGGCAAAGAAGCUGAUCGGCGCAGGGAACAGGCACCUGGUGAUGGGAGAUGUCGUUUCUGCAGUCCAUGUGUUCCAGGAGGCUUGUGGCAUGCUGGCUGCGAGGUAUGGGGACACCGCAGAUGAGUGUGGAGAGGCCUUCUUUCUGUGUGGGAAGUCUCUACUGGAGCUUGCCAGGGUGGAGAACACUGUCCUAGGUGAUGCUCUUGAGGGAGUCCCUGAGGAGUCCUCUGAGGAGGAAGGAGAGGGAGAGAAGCUGGACAACUCAAAGAUUGAGAGUGCUGACAACUUGGAAGACAAAACAAGGGACGAGCUUCGAAUGCAGGUUUAUGAUGUGAUGGCAGAGAAAAAAACUGAUGGGGAGGAUGGAAAAACUGAGCCAAAGGAGGAAGGGAAGAGUGAAUCUGAGGCAGUGGCAGAGGGGAAGAAAGAAACCAUGGAAACAGAAGCAAAGGAAGAGGACGGCAAAACUGAGCCAAAGGAGGAAGGGAAGAGUGAAUCUGAGGCAGUGGCAGAGGGGAAGAAAGAAACCAUGGAAACAGAAGCAAAGGAAGAGGACGCUGCCAAGCCUCCUGCCAAGAACGGGCGUGAUGAGAAGUCUAAGCCUCUUGUGGAUGGGGUGGAGGAGACUAUUUUUGCUCCUGAAGAUGAAGCUAGAAAAGAUAAGGAGGCUGGGCAAGAGGAAGCUCUGAAGAAGAUUGGCGUGAAGGCUUCUGAAGAGCGGAAUGAAGAGGAGGCUGCGGAGGAGGAGAAGAUGGAGGAAGAGGAUGAUGAUGACGACGAUGAAGGGGAAGGCACUGGUGAAGACAAAGAGGAGGAAGUGGGUAACCUGCAGCUGGCUUGGGAAAUGCUGGAGGUCGCUAAGGUCAUCUACAAAAGAAAGGAGAACAAGGAGGACCAGUUGAUGGCUGCUCAGGCCUAUCUGAAGCUGGGAGAAGUUGGAGCAGAAUCUGGUAACUACCCUGCAGCUGUGGAGGACUUCCAGGACUGUCUGUCCUUGCAGCUGAAGCACUUGCCCCCCCACAGCCGCCUGGUGGCCGAGACCCACUACCAACUGGGCAUGACCUACUGCAUCACAGGCCAAUACAGCCAAGCCAUCCAGCACUACAGCAGCUCAGUCAAAGUCAUUGAGAGCCGCCUGGCCAUGCUCCAGGAAGUGAUAGACAAGGCGGAAGGUGAGGACGGAGCCAAAGAGAAGACCGAGCUGGAGGAGCUGAAGCAGCUGCUGCCUGAAGUCGCUGAGAAGGUAGAGGAUGCCAAGGAGAGCCAGAGUAUGGCAGGAUCAGCCUCUGUGGCCAUACAGCAGACAUUGGCUGGAGCUUCUACUUUGUCAGCAUUCCCAUCCUCUUCCUCAUCAGCGUUUGCAGAAAAUGGUGGACCUUCAUCUUCCUGUUCAUCAGCAUUUGGAACCAGUCAGAUUUCUGUCAGAUCGGCAGCCGAUGGCGCAUCAUCCUCCAAAUCUGCAUCAGACAUUUCCCACCUGGUCAGGAAAAAGAGGAAAACAACUGAGGAGAGCCCCGUAAAGGACACUGAUGCUAAAAAGACCAAGCAGGAAACUACAGUUAAUGGCAGCGGCGAUUCCGGCAGUAAUGGAGUCCAGGAGACAGGGGCACAGGAGCCCGGCAAGCUGUCCGCCUCUCUGGAAUCCUCGGUGUGAAGGAACUUCCUCUCCCUGAUCUUCCAGCCAGCAGAGCAGACCCGCCCCUUACGCCCAUUUACACUUUUGUUUCUGUAAAUAUGACAAUUUUUCACAUUUGUUUGUCUAGUUUUUGUAUACUUGUUGUAAUAAAAGUUCAUUAGAGUA